AUGCAAGGAAAAAAAGAAAAGGUCCUGACCUCAAGUGAUAAAUUGAAAGGGUUCUUAAAGAAACUACAAGUUUGGAAACUGCAUGUAGAAAAUAAAAGUUUACAGAUGUUUCCUUUAACUUUUGAUAUAGAUCCCCAGAGGGACAUAACCACCCAACUAGUUUUAAAUCACCUUACAGCUCUUGAGGACAGCAUGGCACAGUAUUUUCCCCAUAUCUCAGUUGGCAAGUACGAUUGGGUGCGCAAUCCUUACGCUACUUCGUCAGAAUCAACAGCUGACCUAUCUCUUGAGAAAGAAGAACAUCUGGCAGAAAUUCAGGAGGAUAGAACACUACGACUGAAAUAUAAUGAAUUACCACUAAUUAGAUUUUGGAUGUAUGCAAAGACAGAAUAUCCUGUAAUAGCAGAUGAAGCAAUCAAAAUGUUGUUACAUAAUUUUUCAACCACCUACAUGUGCGAGUUAGGCUUUUCGCCACUUACAAACAUAAAUAACAAAAAACGUUAG